AUGGAAAACAAUUAUCUAGAAAUUCUUUCUCUAUUAUUGACUUGGCUAAUUGUUGUGCAUAGCAAGCUGCAGAAGUCGGUUGCUGAAGAGGUUGAACGGUUAAAACGAACGGAUGGAAACUAUCGUCCUUCUCUCGCGAUCGUUCAAGUUGGGAAAAGAGAAGAUUCUAACGUUUACGUGCGCAUGAAAGAGAGAGCUGCUAAAAGAAUUGGAAUCACAUACAAGCAUUGUGCGUUUCCUGAAACUAUUAGUCAAUCAACCCUAUUGCAUGAAGUACGGAAGUUGAAUAAUGACCAAAGUGUCCAUGGAAUUCUUGUUCAAUUACCGCUUCCUCAUCACCUCAAUGAGAGGACCAUUACUGAAUCUAUUCUUGCCGAAAAAGAUGUCGACGGGUUUGGCGCUGUUAAUAUUGGUAUGCUUGCAAAAAAUUCGGCAACACCUAUCCAUGUUCCUUGUACACCCAUGGGGGUUAUGGAAUUACUACAUGAGUAUAACAUUCCAAUUGCCGGUAAACAUGCAGUCAUUCUUGGGAGAAGUGAUAUUGUCGGGAAUCCUGUAAGCUACUUGCUUCGUCAAGAAAACGCUACAGUUACCGUUUGUCAUUCCCAUACGGAAAAUAUACAAGAGCAGAUUGCAAGAGCAGACAUCUUAGUUGCUGCUUUAGGCAAGCCAGAGUUCGUUCGCGGAGAAUGGCUUAAGCCUGGUGCAGUGGUUGUUGAUGUUGGAAUAAAUGCUAUACAUCGCAAUGGUAAACGCGAACUAGUUGGCGAUGUUCAUUAUCCUUCAGUAUCUCAAGUGGCUAGUCAUAUUACUCCUGUUCCAGGUGGUGUUGGUCCUAUGACCGUUGCGAUGUUAAUGCGAAACACCGUCAAGGCAGCUGAGAUUUCAAGAAACAAAAGUAAUUUGCGUAAAGUUAGCAUCAACGAAGUCACUCUGAAAGAUCCUGUUCCUUCUGAUAUAGAAAUAGCAAAAUCUCAAGAGCUAAAGAAAAUCACCACGGUGGCUAAAGAAAUGGGAAUACACGAGACAGAAAUUGAGACAUAUGGUCAUUAUAAGGCAAAAGUCGACAUGACGUUGUAUGAGCGACUGAAGCAUCGUAAAGAUGGCCACUAUAUCGUUGUCAGUGGAAUCACUCCCACGCCAUUUGGCGAGGGAAAGAGUGGAGCUGCCGGUGGUGGUUAUGCACAGUUUGUUCCUAUGGAUGACUUUAAUCUGCAUAUGACCGGUGAUAUUCAUGCUGUCACAGCUGCGAAUAACCUUUUGGUUGCUGCUCUUGAAACCAGAAUGUUUCAUGAAAGUACCCAAACUGAUUCAACUUUAAUUAGAAGAUUGAUUCCUGUAAAGGAUGGUCGUCGCGUUGUUCCUAAAGGCUUGCUUACAAGGUGGAAAAAGAUCUGUAGUAAUUUAAAGCAAGAUCCAAAUCAACUCGAAAAUGUUAGUCAGGAAGUUUUGGAGAAGUUUGUUCGUCUAAAUAUUGAUCCCGAAACUAUUACUUCCAAUCGUGUUUUGGAUGUAAACGAUCGCUUUUUAAGGUCAAUUGAACUUGGUCUGGCCUCUACUGAAAAGGGACGGAGUCGGAAGACUUCCUUUGACAUAUCCGUAGCGAGUGAAUGUAUGUCAAUUUUAGCUCUUUCGAAUGACUUGAAAGAUAUGAGAACCCGCUUAGCAAAUAUGGUAAUCGCCAAUGAUACAAAUGGCGAUCCAGUAACUGCGGGGGAUCUAGGUGUGGCAGGAGCUAUGGCUGUCUUAUUAAAAGAUGCUAUCAAGCCUAAUCUUAUGCAAACGUUGGAAGGCACACCUGCUUUAGUACACGCAGGACCUUUUGCAAACAUCAGUAUCGGUGCUUCCUCUACUAUUGCCGACAAAGUUGGCCUUAAGCUGGUUGGUACAGAAUCCUUUGAAAGCGCUGACAGCGCUGGUUAUGUUGUCACCGAGGCUGGUUUUGCUUCUGACAUGGGUAUGGAAAAGUUCUUUAACAUCAAAUGCAGAAGCUCAGGAUUGAAGCCAAGUGCAGUAAUUUUAGUAACUACAGUUAAAGCUCUCAAGCUUCAUGGUGGUGGCCCCGAACUUAAGCCUGGUGCACCUUUGCCUGAUGAAUAUCUCGUAGAGAAUCUGGAUCUUGUUCGCAAAGGUUGCGCUAAUAUGGUUCACCAUAUACAAAAUUCUCAGAAAUUUAACGUCCCUGUGGUGGUAGCAAUCAAUAGCUUCAAAACAGAUACUAUCAAAGAAUAUGAAACAAUUCGUCAAGAAGCUCUCAAUGCUGGAGCCAUUGAUGCUGUCCCUUCCUACCAAUAUAGCAAGGGCGGUCAGGGAGCCCUUAAUUUGGCUGAAUCCGUAAUGAAAGCUUGCUCUUUCCCAAAGAAAGAUUUUAGGUUUCUUUAUGAUGUAAAGUCCUCGAUUGAAGAGAAGAUUACAGUAAUUGCGAAGGAGAUGUACGGUGCCAAAGGAGUGGAGUUUAGUCCGUUGGCGGAAAGACGUAUGAUGGAUUUGAAGCGCCAAGGCUACGAGCAUUUACCCAUUUGUAUGGCUAAAACUCAAUACUCACUUUCUCAUGAUCCCAAGUUGUUAAACGUUCCUAACGACUUCGUUGUACCCAUUCGCGAUAUGCGUUUAAAUGCUGGGGCUGGGUUCAUCUAUCCACUAACAGCCAAAAUUCAAACCAUUCCUGGUUUACCUACAGCUCCUGCUUACCUUAAUAUAGACUUGACUGAAGAUGGAGAAAUCGUGGGCCUUUCUUAGUAAGGACCUUAAUUGUAAAAUAGUGCAGUUGGAGUUAUUUCGGGCGGAAUUAAAAGCUAGGAUUUUUUGGGUAAAAGAUUAUUAAUUUCAUUUAUUAUUAAAUUAUGAUAGUGAUUAAGAAUAGUUGGGGUAGUGAAUGCUGAUAGCUCCUCAUGUAAUAGGAAGUUGUUGAUUAUGUUUGAAAGGUAGAUUUAAUGUGAAAAAGAGGGAA